CUAUCCACCGCCGUGCCCAAGCGCUGCCGUCUCACGGCGUCGCCACCGUCGCCGUCGCCUCGCCGUUCCUGUUCUACCCAUCGCUUCCCUGCCGCGGCACACCAUCUAGAUCCGCCCUUGCUGGCAUGGCCGACCCGGGAGGCGAGCAGCGCGCCGCCCUGCUUGCCGCGGCGUCCCUCUUCCCUGUCCCCGAUGGCGCCAAGUUUUCCUACGGGACGGCGGGGUUCCGCGCCGAGGGGAGCACCAUGGCCCCCGCGGUGUGCCGGGCCGGGAUCGUGGCGGCCCUGCGCUCGGUGAAGCUGGGCGGCGCUGCCGUCGGGCUCGUCAUUACGGCGUCGCACAACCCCGUCGGCGAUAACGGCGUCAAGAUUGUGGACGCCGACGGCGGCAUGAUGUCGCAGGCCUGGGAGCCCUUCUCAGACGCCCUCGCCAAUGCCCCCACCCCGGAAGCCCUCCUGCAGCUGGUGCUUCAGUUUGCGAAGGAUGAAGGGAUUGCACUUGGGGAACGUCACUCAGCACAAGUGCUGCUGGCAAGAGACACGAGGCCUACUGGAGAGUACCUACUUGAUGUUGCAACCAAAGGGAUAAAUGCAAUAGUAGGUUCAGUUGCACUUGACAUGGGGAUCCUAACAACUCCGCAGCUGCACUGGAUGGUUCGGAAUAAGAACAGGGGCCUGACAUCCUCUGAAGAAGAUUAUUUUACACAAAUUACUGAGUCAUUCAGACAUUUGUUGGAAUUAACUCCUGAUGAUAAAGGUAGUGGUAAGCUGAUGGAGAAACUAAUUGUGGAUGGGGCAAAUGGUAUUGGUGGGUUGAAGCUUGAAGAAAUAAAGCCAAAACUGGCCAGAUUAGACAUUGUUGUGAGGAAUUCAGGUAAAAAAGGAGAAGGAAUACUAAAUGAGAGGUGUGGUGCUGACUUUGUUCAAAAGGAGAAGGUACAUCCUCUUGGAUUCACUCCUAACGAUGUUGGUGUCAGGUGUGCAAGUUUUGAUGGUGAUGCAGAUAGGCUUGUUUAUUUUCGCAUUACAUCACCUAGCAGCACUGUGAUUGAUCUUGUUGAUGGUGACAAGAUACUAUCACUAUUUGUCCUCUUUAUUAGAGAACAGUUAGAUAUUGUGAAUGGAAAAGACCAUCAAGACAACCAAGCAUUGCCUACGAGGUUUGGUGUAGUUCAAACUGCUUAUGCAAAUGGAGCAUCAACAGAGUUUCUCAAAAAUCUUGGUCUUGAAGUUGCCUUCACUUCAACAGGAGUUAAAUAUCUCCAUAAGAAAGCUCUAGAAUAUGAUAUUGGUAUCUAUUUUGAAGCCAAUGGACAUGGGACAGUGUUAUUCGCUGAUGAGUUUGUCUCACGGUUGGAGUCUUUGGCCAGCGAACUUUCUUCCAAAGCUGCAGGUUCUCCACAGCACCAUGCUGCCUUGAGAUUGUUGGCAACAACUCAGUUGAUUAAUCAAGCAGUCGGUGAUGCUCUAAGUGGAAUGCUUCUAGUGGAGGCUGUUUUACAACAUAAGAGAUGGUCAUUACAGAACUGGUGUGACAUAUAUACUGAUCUGCCGAGUAAACAACUUAAGGUUAAAGUUAAAGAUCGUGCUUCGAUUGUUACAACUGAUGCAGAACGAAAAGUUUGCCAACCAUCUGGCUUGCAAGAAUUGAUAGAUAAGGAAGUUGCUAAUUACUCUCAAGGGCGAUGCUUUGUACGGCCAUCGGGAACUGAGGAUGUGGUAAGAGUUUACGCAGAGGCGUCUACGGUGGAAGCAGCUGAUAGCCUUGCAAAAUCUGUGGCACAGCUUGUUGAACGCACUCUUGGGUAGUGUUGCAUUUUUUCCUUGGUUUGCUUCUUCUUUUCUGAAAGGCGUAAUGUUCUGCUCAUUGCGGUAACGUUUUGAAGAAUCUGGACAUCAUUUUGUGCAUGUGCAACUGUUUAUUCAUUUUUAUCGUA